AUUUGGCAAUAUUAUUUAAUUAUGUUAUUUAUGACAUUUAUUUAAUCCCUUCAGUGGAUAUGAUGUAUGUAUCAUUCAUGGUGAAAUGCCUCCUAGUUGGGUUUGACAUAAAAAAAGUUAUAUUUCAAGUUUGAGUCAAAUAUCAAUUCAAAACUUGAGAUAAGUGUAUAAACUCCAAAAAGAGUAGUAAAUGUCUUACACCAGCAUUAAUUAUUAUUCUCACAAAUAAAGUUUGACUCUGGUGGUAGACUUCUGCCUGAGAAAUUCCCCACUCAAAGGGUUAAUAGCUGGAGGUUAUUGCAUAAGUAGUCUCCCCAUAUGAAUAUAAUGUUUAUAUAGUAAUUUCCAGCCAGUUUUACCCAGGGUGACCUGCAUAGAUAAGGCAAGCAUUUAACGAAUGUGAUGUGUAUUGGACCUCUGAGUGAUUCUAUUUAUAAGUUGGUGUAGUUCCCAUAGGUGCACAAUGAGGAAUUAAAUCAAUUUAAAGUUUAGCUGAGAGGGUACAUUUCAUGCUUUAUUUAUCUACUGUAUUUUGACUCAAAUCUGCAUUAGACAAUUUUAUUAAACCAAGCAGAUAAUUAAUUUCAGAGGAGAUGUGGUGUAAUUGGAAUAAAUUCACUCCUAUCAAUAUUUAAUCUACAAAUUUCAGAUACUGAAGCCUUUUCCUUUAUUCACCACAUUCAGUGGGGAUAGUAGGGGCUUGAGUGUGGUUGGUUAAUUGAUCAAUUUAAUUCAUAAUUAAUCAUUAAAUUUUAAGUUAGGUUAGCAACUGCAAUAACACAUCUCUGGUAAUAGAAUAGAAAUAGCUUGCAGAUACCUACACCAGUGCCAGGAGUAAGAACAUGGGGACAUCACGCUAUGACAGGGCCAUUACUGUUUUCUCUCCAGAUGGACAUCUAUUCCAGGUUGAGUAUGCCCAAGAAGCAGUGAAGAAGGGUUCAACUGCUGUUGGAGUUAGAGGAAAAGAUGUGGUUGUUCUAGGUGUGGAGAAGAAAGCCAUUGCCCAGCUGCAAGAAGAACGAACCAUUAGGAAAAUCUGUCUUCUAGAUGAGCACAUUGUCAUGGCAUUUGCUGGUUUGACUGCAGAUGCCAGAAUCUUAAUUAAUCGAGCACGAGUUGAGUGUCAGUCACAUCGUCUUACUGUAGAGGACCCAGCUUCCUUGGAGUACAUCACUCGAUAUAUUGCAAGUCUGAAGCAACGCUACACCCAAAGCAAUGGCCGGCGGCCAUUUGGCAUUGCCUGCAUCAUUGGUGGUUUUGAUAUUGAUGGGACUCCUAGGCUAUACACAACAGAUCCUUCUGGGACCUAUCAUGAGUGGAAGGCUGAUGCAACUGGCAGGAGUGCCAAAACUGUCAGGGAAUUCCUGGAGAAAAACUAUGCUCCUGAAGCUGUUCAAACCAAGGAAGGUACCAUAAAGCUGGCCAUCCGUGCACUUCUAGAAGUUGUCCAAAGUGGAGGUAAGAACUUGGAUGUGGCUGUGAUGGAGAGAGGUGGUCCGAUGAAGAUGUUGGAACUCUCUGAAGUAGAUAAGUAUGUUACUGAGAUUGAGAAGGAGAAGGAGGAAGAAGCCGAAAAGAAGAAGCCCAAGAAAUAACACAUUUUUUUAAUGUGACACUUUUUUUUUUUCAGUGUUGCAUGUGGCAUAAAAAAAAAGCAAAUAACUCUACCUUGGAUAAUAAAAGCAAUGAAAACCAUCAUUCCAAGGUGUUCAUGGGGGUUUUCAUCAUCCAUAUCCCCUGCCCUAAAGAGAAAUUUUACUUUGUUCCAUUUUUUCUCUCACGUGAUGAAACCUUGUGGAAAUUGUUCUUGUUUGUAUGCAAAACAUAGCCAAC